AUGGGCACAGACACCGGCAGAGACAUACAGAAUCUGUCAAAGUCGCCGGAUAUGUCCAUGAAGCCUCUGGAACUGCAUGACCGCACCAAGACUUCCAAUUACCGCGUGGAGGAGGAUGCGAAUGGCAACGAACGAUACGUUUACCAAGACAUCGACCCUGCGUACGACACCGACGACUCCGAUGCACCCGUCACUUCGAAUACGAUUGGCAACAUCCCCUUGUCAUACUAUGACGCAUACCCGCACAUCGGUUACGAUAUCAAUGGGAAGAAGAUUGCCAGACCAGCCAAAGGCCAGGCGCUGGACUCUCUUCUUGAGAGCAUUGACUUGCCAGAAGGCUGGACAGGCUUGACAGAUCCGACAACGGGCAAGCCAUUGCAACUGAGCAGGGACGAGUUGGAGACGCUGAAGAAACUGACACGUAACGAACAACCAGGCGAUGGCUAUGAUCCAUAUCCAGACUAUGUUGAGUGGUUCACAGGCAAAGGUAUGGAGGAAGUCAUGCCUCUCUCUGCGGCGCCAGAGCCGAAGCGCAGAUUUGUUCCAUCGAUGCAUGAGCACAAACGGGUCAUGAAGAUGGUCAAGGCAAUCAAGGAGGGUAGAAUUAAGCCAUUCCGCGCGCCAGACGAGGAGGAGCGAGAGAGGGAAGAGGCAGAGCUGGACUAUGCAUCGUAUGAUGUGUGGGCGAACGAAGCACCAAAACCAGACCACCCCAUGAACAUGCCUGCCCCGAAGCUACCACCACCUGGCUAUGAGGAAAGCUAUCACCCACCUCCCGAGUACUUGCCAGACAAGCAAGAACGGGAGCAGUGGGAGAAAACGGAUCCUGAGGACCGCGACCGCGACUUCCUGCCCCGAGAUCAUUCUGCUCUGCGACGUGUGCCUGGUUACGAUGAGCUGCUGCACGAGAGAAUGAACCGAUGUCUGGAUCUGUACCUGGCGCCGCGUGUGCGCAGGAGUAAGCUCAACAUCGAUCCAGAAUCGUUGCUGCCCAAGUUGCCAGAUCCCGCCGAACUCAAGCCCUUCCCGACUACUUGUCACAAGACAUUCAGCGGGCAUGAAGGUCAAGUUCGAUCAGUCGCUGUGGAUCCCAGUGGCACUUACAUUGCUUCUGGAGGUGUCGACGGCACGGUGCGGAUCUGGACCGUAGAGACUACACGGCAAGUGCGGCGCAUCAGACUAUCGCAAUCCGAAUCGGUGAAUGUGGUAGCAUGGCGGCCAGGACAAGGUGCUUUCAUUCUUGGUGCCUGUUGUGGAGACACCGUAUACUUCAUGACCCCACAGUCCGAAGAAAUAUCAGAGGAGGUGCAAGAACAUGCGCACGAAAUCAUUGACGCAGGCUUCGGUUACGAAGCAGCUAAUAUUGCAAAGACUGCUGAUGGAGUGCCAAAACCCAAGGCUGCGACAUGGGCACGGCCGCCACAAAAUCUACAGGAUAAGGGUAUCCUUCUUACGCUCACACUACGAUCGACGCCGAAAACUCUCGUGUGGCACCGAAGAGGCGAGUAUUUUGCAACCGUUUGCCCCCAAUCGAGCUCGACAUCCACAUCUGUUGCGAUACACACGCUCAGCAAACAUCAAACACAACAUCCCUUCAAGCGACCAAAGGGUCUGGCACAAACGGUGUGCUUCCAUCCCUCUCGUCCCCUCUUUUUCCUCGCUACCCGGCAACGAAUCCGGAUCUACGACCUACAGGCGCAGAAGCUGGAAAAAGAGCUUCAACCUGGUGCUCGUUGGAUCAGCGAUAUCUCUCUACAUCCCAUGGGGGACAACCUCCUGGUCUCAUCCUACGACAAGCGUCUUCUCUGGCAUGAUCUCGAUCUCGGAAGCACGCCUUACAAGACAUUGCGUUACCACACCAAAGCCAUCCGCAGUGUCAAGUUUCACAACUCGUAUCCUCUAUUUGCUGAUGCAUCGGACGAUGGCACACUGCAGGUGCUGCACGGCAAAGUGUUUGGCGAUUCCAUGGAAAACGCUACUGUGGUGCCAUUGAAGAUUCUGCGUGGACACAAGAUCAAGAGUGAUCUGGGUGUGCUCUCUGUGGACUGGCAUCCUACUGAAGCGUGGCUCGUGAGUGGUGGCGCUGAUGGGACUGUUCGGUUAUGGGUGUAG